AUGUCGCUGAAAGAGAUCCAAGCAGAACACGGCCGCAUACUGCACAUAAUUAAAGGCCUAGAGAAGAAGUUAGUGCCUUUCUCUUACGACUUGGACUUCUGGUUCUCCUACGCGCAGAUCGAACAGCUUCAGGUUCAAGGCAUCGCACUCGAGGCCCACGAACAAUUCGUCAAGGAUUCAAAGAAAAGAUACUUCGAGGAUAUAGACGUCACGCGCUUUGGAGCCUGGCUGAUUAACAAGUCUGAUCCCGACCAGGGGCAACUAAAGGAAAACUUCAUGAAGUUCUUCCGAGGCUCAAGUCAUCGGCCAAACUUCCAAGACGAGAAGACUUUUCGGGAGCAGCUGGCACAAAAAUACCACGCCGGUCAGGAACCGGAAAAGAAAAGUGAAUACUGGGAUCAUGUGCUUGGCAAGUGGUCCCCACAUGAUCGAUGUCGGCCAGUCCGUCUCUUUCCAAGUCGCUGGGUCAAUAUUAUGGACAGAAUCUUUGGCGAAGGAGCCUCGAAAGAUAUCUCCAGCGCUUACAACGGACUUUUGACGCAUCCUAUCAUUGGUCGAGCUCUUGAUGAGGGUGUUCUGGCUCUCAUACCAGAUGAAUUUGACGAUGCGAAAGGCUAUCAAGUCGUUGUGAUCGACUACUGGCAUGAUUGCCUUGAGAUACGAUUGGACCGUGCGACUCCGGAGCUCGGUGUAACGUUUCUCUGGGAAGUUGAAGGCCGCAUGCUGUCCUUUCGCGACGCUAUAGCUGCUGCUUGGAGAUCCAAGAAUACCCAUGGUUACUACAAGUCCAAUAUUAGGGUCUACAUUGAGGAUGACGAUGAGGGCGGGACGAGCCCUAUCAAGCAUUCCCAAUACGUGAUGCAUGUGGGAAGGUUCUGGAGGCAGGCAUGCCGCGGAAAGCCCUUUGUCAGUGACAGCAUUCUGACGUCGUUAGUCAUGAUUGCAGGGCACCAUGCUGAUCCAACGAUUGACGAUGGCUUCGAUACCACCAAAGCCAAUCAUGAAGCUGCAGCAAUCAUCGUUGCCGAACAAGCCAGAAGAGGGAUUGACGACAGGGACCGGGUAUGUGUGGACGAAUACGAACGUCUCGACUGGGGCAUGGUCGCCCGAAUUCUGCAUUCAUGGGCAGAUGACAUUGCCAUAGAAAUCCGAAAGGAGCUUCUGAAAAGUAAAACCGCCGGCGAAUCCAUCGGACUUGAGGCCUGGAUGACGCGGAAGGACAACCACAAACUCAACUCACGAAUGCUCGCUCUCAAGCGGUUGAGCAUAAUCGCCGAAAAAAGAAGAUCCAGGGAUGGGUGGUACGAUAAACUCGACAAAUUUACCAGUCUUUUCGAAACUUACGACGGCACUCAAGUGGAAGGGGUGUCCCAGGAGGAAGCCUUCGCGCACAUCAUGUGCGGCGCAUACUGUCCCAACCCGCCCGAAUGCAACCAGCGAUGGGAUCCUGUUCUGCAUGAAUGGGGAGGUUUUCGAGUUGUUCGUGCGAGGCAUCUGUGUACACUACGUCACCGAGACUUACUGGACGACUGGAUAUAUGAUGAAAACACACCUGAUCAAUGGCUCAGUGCUCAGAAGGGUCUAUUCCUUCACGAAGACAUUGUCCAGGGUCUGAAGGAUGGCGUACUCUGCAUUGUUCCGGACGUCGGGGUUGAGCCCGAUGAGUUUGCCAGUGAAUCAGACGACGAUUCGGACGCAGAAGAUGACGAGCAUAGACAGUGCCUCAAAGCUUGGCAAGAAAGCCCCAUCAAGGAGUACAAAAUUCUUCUCAUCGAUCCCACUCACCCAUCAGCAAAGCAGGGCAAGACACUCAGCAUAAAGCAAGACAUAAUUUCUUUGAGGCAACUGGAAGGUCGAAAACUGAAAUUUCAGACAGAAGCUCGCCCUGGUGACAAUUUUGUUCGUUUGAACUUCCUUGCUUCCAUGGCCGUAGCCAGCUGGCGAAAGAUGGACCAGCGAAAGAGACGCAGACGAGUCAUCGAUAAACAGAUUCAACGCGCAUGCCGACACUGGGGAACCUGGGGCUAUGAGAUAUUCGAAAGGUUUGUACGAGACUGGCUUUUCGACAAUGACUUUUUGGAGGCCAUGAUUGCAUGCGAACGAGCAUAUCCUGGAAAGCAUGAGGUUGAGAAGGCUGAAGCUGAAGAGGCAUUCAAAAUUUUCAACUGA